AUGGGCAAAUCUAUCCUCCUCAUCAACGGGCCGAACCUGAACCUGCUCGGCACCCGCGAGCCGCACAUCUACGGCCACACGACUCUCGCCGACGUCGAGAGCGACAGCCGCGCCAUUGCCGCUAAGCAUGGCUGCACCUUCGAUGCCUUCCAGUCCAACCAUGAGGGCGCAAUUGUUGAUCGCAUCCAGGCCGCCCGCGGCAACGUCGACGGCAUCAUCAUCAACCCGGGCGCCUACACCCACACUUCCGUCGCCAUCCGGGACGCCCUGCUCGGCGUCGGUAUCCCCUUCAUCGAGCUGCAUGUCAGCAAUGUGCACGCUCGUGAACCCUGGCGCCAUCACUCCUACUUCAGCGAUAAGGCGGCGGGGAUUAUCGUCGGCUUGGGUGUAUACGGCUACAAGGUUGCCGUGGAGCACGUAGCGGUGAACUUCAAGGAGCUGGAGAAGGCGGCGUUGUAA